AUGACAGCAUGGAAGGAGGUCAGCCUGCGCCUCCCUCCUCACCUGCAUGAUUCCAACCCUCUACUCUGCGCCCAAAUCUCCCCCACUCACCUGCAUCUCUGUGCUGAGCCAGGUGCUCACCUCCCCCCCCCUUCCCUUUCCUCUCCUCCCUCCCUCUCCCCCACUCACCUGCAUCUCUGUGCUGAGCCAGGUGCUCACCUCCCCCCCCCUUCCCUUUCCUCUCCUCCCUCCCUCUCCCCCACUCACCUGCAUCUCUGUGCUGAGCCAGGUGCUCACCUCCCCCCCCCUUCCCUUUCCUCUCCUCCCUCCCUCUCCCCCACUCACCUGCAUCUCUGUGCUGAGCCAGGUGCUCACCUCCCCCCCCCUUCCCUUUCCUCUCCUCCCUCCCUCUCCCCCACUCACCUGCAUCUCUGUGCUGAGCCAGGUGCUCACCUCCCCCCCCCUUCCCUUUCCUCUCCUCCCUCCCUCUCCCCCACUCACCUGCAUCUCAGUGCUGAGCCAGGCGUAUUGCACGGCGGGGAACCCCCGCCGCACCCGAUUAGCCAUGAACAUGACUGCGUAGAAGGAGAAGAGCCGCAUCUCAAACGACUUGUCGCCCUGCCGCACAUGCACGCUCACUAUCGGCCGCGGGAUAUACGGCUCCCCUCCCACCCCCCCGUAGUUCGCAAGAUACGGAUCCCACCCGUACUGCUCUCCUUCCAAAUCUCCUACCCCCCCGCUUCUGCUGCUGCUGCUGCUGCUGCUGCUUCUGCUGCUUCUGCUGCUGUUAGCAGCACCAGUGGCAUUCCCUAA